AUGUGUGUUUCAGAAAAAACUCGAAAAGCAAAAGACGAACGGAUGGAGGAACACUUCGGGAGUAUGACGGAGAGCGAGACGGCAGUUGACGACGAUGAAAUCGACUCGCUCAUCCAGACUGUCUUUUCCGACACUCAGCCGCCUCAGCAUUUUACAACAGAGGACUUCAUCGACUCGAACACACAAACCGCACGGAUAGAAGGCAAAAUGUACUCCUUGAAAGACACCGUCAACGUCAUUUCGCAGUCGUUCCCAACAUUCACACAACCCCAGAACCACUUCGAUUUUUCUCUGAUGGAUAUCUUAACACAAAACAUAUUGACACCAUACUUGGCACAACUACCACAGACGACUAUGGCGUUUGAAGCUUCCAAAUCCCUUUUCCCAAAUAGUUACUUGGACCAAUUUGUUGCCGCUCGGUACUCUCUUUCGUGUUAUUUUAAGGCAAUGCAGUUGUUCUCAAAGUCCUUGUUGGAGUGUGGGCAAUGCUCGAAUGAAAAAUUUAGAGUGAUUUUCUGUGUGAUCAAUGGUGGGAAGAUUCAAGACUUCUUGGCAAAGACACAAUGCCUCUUUAAAACAGUUAUUAAGACACCAACCCUAGUUUUGCAUGGGAUGUACCCUGGAGACGUUAUUGUAUUUGCGGAUGUCAUGGAAAAUAAGGAGAUGAAAGUGUACGCAUGGGGAUCUGUAGAGCAGUCUCCGAGUGUAAAUAACCCCGCUGCGUUCGAGUUGAACUUUUCAGUUCGGGACUUUAGUGCGAUCAACGAGUUUUCUUUGAGAUGCGAGGAGUACUCUGUUUUGUGCGAGAGCGACGGUCUUUCCUUUCUUCUUUCAAACAACAAAACCAUUGCAGAGACUGUCUUUGCGUAUUUGAUGAGCGAGUUAGUCAAGAAGGAGCGCGACACUUUCAGUUUUGUGACUACCAUAGUCGAGCCACAAUUUUGCACGUUGUGUCGGAAUGAGUUAAAGUAUCAAAGAAGUACUUGUAGGCACUGUCCGGGAUGCGACGACUAUUUUCAUGAGAAGUGUUUGUCUGAAGAGAAUAGUAUGUAUUGCUGUUCGGACUGUUAUUCAAACUCGUUUGUUCGGUGUGAAGCGUCUGGAACGCUAUAUCCGUUCCAGCGGUUGAAAAGAUGUUUGUUGUGUCGAUCGAAGUUUGUAUGUCAAAAGGAAAUCGAGCUUCGAGGAGUUACGAUGUUCUGUUGUCGUGAGUGUCGAGGGAAGUACCAAUCUGCUGUGUCAAACUUUUACAUGGAAAAAUGCUACUCAGUUGCAGCACAGAAAAUGAGCGAGAUGUACCACGCGUUUCCGGAGAUAAAGGACAACCCCAACUUCUUCUUGGCUAUGCUCUUUGUUGUGCGAGAGGAUAUCAAAAAAGGAAGUUCGUAA